AUGCGAAGUCCUUGCAUCAUAGCUGCUGGGCUCGCACUGGUGGAAAAGCCUGCGGAUCCUGAUCCGGCAAGCGCUGAAAUGGAUUGGUUCCUUGCCAGGAUGCCAGAGAACACGGUCUUGACGGAGGGAAGGAAACAAGGGCCUCGUCUCGUGGAGUCUUGCUCACUCUCUUACAUAUUCUCGGCGAAAGGAGACCGCAUGGCCGGUGGUGAUGGAGGCAUCGUGGUCGGUGCUAAUGUUUGGUUACCUGAAUCGGAGCCUUCGAAGAGAGAAUGCACUCUUGAUUAUCUUUAUGAAUGGGACAAUGAACUACGAGGUUUGAAUCGUAUGCGAGCCCUCCUUAAUGUUCGCAGUAUUAUUUCCAUCACCCAAGUACUUGGGGAAGGGCUCACCUGCACUCAGCGACUUCAGAGAUACGGCAAACUAGGCUUGAUGUCAUCCCGACGACAAGGAAAUGAUUCGAAUUUCGAAAGCGACUUGCUCUCCGAUCUCACGAGUGCCUUGAGGGGUUCAUCAUCCAAUGAGAAAGGCAACGGCAAUUUAGCUAGCCACGUGGCAGAGAUCAAAGAUCAAGCUCUUGAGGGAAAUCUACAAGAGGUCGAUUUGAUGCAACAAGCUCCUGUGUUCGUUCGAGAAUAUGUAAAUUCUAUUCUCAAGUUUGUGAGACUAAAGACAUGCCCACCAGUUACUGCACGAAUUGGAAAUGAGGUUGUCACUGUAACCCUCCGCGUUACAUCAUCCGGGAAGCUAGAACUACACGAGAUCGAGACAAUAGGCUCACGAUCCUGGAGUAUUGAUGAUUUCUCUAAGGCAACUGCCGACCUACUGUACGGGAUUCAGAAGAGGGCUAGGCAGAUCACUACUGAUAAUCCGAUGGAAUCAUGUGAGCAACAACUAUUUAAGUUCGGUAAGGCUAUCGAGAAACACUGCGAAUCGAAUAAUGAUAAUGCGAAGCCGGCACUGGGUGAUGCACUAAAUAACCGUCAUUUGAACAGACUUGACAGAUCUUUCCUAAUGCGGAGUAUUCUUACUCUUGCACUUCCCCUCGCUGUGUAUGGUGCUAUGGGCCAAACGCACUCUGUAGGAAGACACAACAGGAAGUUAUCUGAACCGCUGAGAUGGUUACGGAAAGUGUUCCGUCGAGCCAGGGGCCAGUUGAAAGGAGUGAGGCACAGACCCCCGAGUCGGGCUGAGGGAGGAAGCUUAUCUGAGGUAAAGGAGUUCGCCGGAGACAGAAGCUCAGAGCUAGUUGAGUACCCAUAUGAAGACUUUGAGGAUGAGCAUCCAUCUUCUGUAUCAGAGAUUGAGUUCGAUAAAGAGGAGAAUGUUGAAAAGCAUCUAGCGGAAUCGUGCUCGCUCUCCUACUUGUCGCCUUCUAACAAUGGCAGCGUUGCUGGCAUCGUAACUUCUGCCAAUGUUUGGGCACUCGAUACCGUCCCUCGCUCAAGCAAGUGCGAAUUGGACUACCUCUAUUCCUGGAACAAUGAAAUACCAGGAUUCACUCGAAUGAAUGUCAUUUUCAACAUUCAUGAUAUUAUCCACUACACGCAGACCCUCGAGUCUGACGUUGAGUGUAGAGAACGUCUUAGAUUAUGGAGCUAUGCGGGACUAUUUAAUACUCGGCAAGGGAGGAAUCAGCGACAAUCAGGCCUGAUGGACCAUGUGGCCCAUGUAUGGGGAGAUGCGAUAUCAGCCCGUGAGCACGUUUCUACUGAUGUUGCUGAUAUUCUGAAGAAUGCCCGGCUGAAAAAUAUUGCUUACGCUCCUUUGGAGAAGGUUCCAAUUUUCAUACGCGAGUACGUCCUCGAUAAGGCGUUGUUGGCGGACACGUGCGUAGCAGCUACCAUAUCAAUUAAGAAUGAGGUUGUCACUGUAACCCUCCGCGUUGCAUCAUCCGGUAAGCUAGAACUACACGAGAUCGAGACAAUAGGCUCACGAUCCUGGAGUAUUGAUGAUUUCUCUAAGGCAACUGCCGACCUACUGUACGAGAUACAGAAGAGGGCUAGACAGAUCACUGAUGCAAAUCAAACGAGGUUGUGUGAGAGUCAGCUGUAUGAGUAUGCUAAAGAUAAGUGCUCGCUCAAAUCCAUCUACGCUCAAUCUGGUGCACCGGGCUCUGGUCCCGUGCCUUGUGGAGGUUUUAUUGUUAACGCAAGGGAGCUUAGCAGUGGCGCGUCAAGACAUACUGUUUUGAGCUCACUCUAUGCUUGGGAGAACAAGUACAGUGGCCUCAGUCUGAAACGAAUGAAUAUCAUUAUAGAUGUCGCUGAUAUCAUGCCCAGGAGACCCGAUAUGAAGGACGGCAGCGCGUGCGACGAUGAAAUCCAACUCUUCGGCACAGAUGCACACAUUCACGCUCGAAAGUCUCGAGUGGAUUUUGGGUCUAUCUUGCGCGGAGAGGAUCUUCUAGCUGAUCUCGCGGGUGCAGGAGGUGUGAGCGACGAGGUCGCAUCUGCACAAAAAAAGGCAAUAGAAGAUAGUGAGCUAAGGUUGGAUCCAACACUCGCCCCUUCCUACCUCUGGGGAGCGGUGCAUCAGCGAGUACAGGAACUGGAGGUGGAUAACAGCUACUACAUGUGCCCACCUGUCACCGCUACUAUCGAUGACAAGACGGUGACCUUCACGCUCGCUGCUAGGAAGCCGGAUGGUAAACUCAAGUUUCACAAGGCUGAGAUCACCAGAUCAAGUGAUUGGACUGGUGAUGAAGUAGAGGAGUCGAUACUGGACAAGCUGCAUGAGCUCGAGAAGAGAACCGCACAGGUAGAGGGAGCUCACGGGAAAGCCGCCUGUGAAGAACAACUCAUCGAGUAUGGCAAUAAUAUAAAGGAUGGUAAACAACUCACAGAAUCGCACGAGAAGAAACUAUCGGAUGGUGACGUGGCUGAGAGUCCCCUGGGCAAGGCAGUUCUCUCGAUCUAUCUCGCUUUCUUCGAUUAA